AAAAAGUGGCUCGUAGCACAGCCAAGAUACAGCAGCAGUAUGACACUUUUGUGGCAUGGCAAAAGCAGUUCACCAAGGCACAGGACACACUCAAGGCAGAGCUGGCAGACACCUCUCGCAAGCUGGAGGAGAAGUGCUGCUUGGAAGUAGAACUGAGGGAUCUGGUGGAGAAGCUGCAAAAGGCAUGCACCCUGGUAGGCACUACGAAGUUAUAUGGGACCCUGAACACACAAUCAUGGGGUCGUAAAAGUGCCAAUGGCGUUGCUGCCGAAGGACAAACUAUCCCAUCAGACUGCACAGACUUCUAUGACGUGGUUCCUGGACUCUUGCCGAACAAGGACAAUCCUAUGAUGAGUCUUUCACAGGCUGUGGUGAAGCUUCAUGAUGAACAGAGCAAGACAGCACAGCUCACUGAGAAGAUCGAUCUGCUUACUGAGCAGCUCGAGUCCAAGACAUGGGAAAUAAAAGAGUUGGAAGAUGUCGCCUCCAAACUGAGACAGCAAGUGAGCGAGGCCGAGGGUAGGAAUGCAGCAAUUACUUCGCAGGCGACUACCAAGCAGGCAGAGCUUGAGACAGCUCUUCUUGAGAAAGAAGCCCUCGUCAGGGCUCUGCAAGGGCAGUGCGAGGGCAAGGUUGCCGAGAUUGAGGAGCUGAGACGUGCCCUGCUGACAGCUGAGAAGAACUCUGAUCGUGCACGCAGAGACUACGCCGAGUUGCUGCAAACUUGGCAGAAUUAUGAAAAUUCCAACGACGCUGGUGAGCAGACAUUUGUACAUGUGGAACAGCAGUCGGGCGCAGCCGCUUGGCGUGAUGCCGAGAGGAUGAAACGCCAGUCAGAGAGGCAGGCACAGGAACUGGCAGAACGCGAGAGCCAGAUCGAGGUGCUGCGGCAGGAAGUGGAGCACCUCAAGAAGGACUUGGAGCUACUGCCUCCUCUCCAGGCACAGGUGGAGGUGUACCGCACGGACUACGAUACGGAGCGAAAUCUGCGCCGGCAGCUGGAGGCUACGGUGCAGCAGCAUCUGAACACCAUCGAGGAGCUCCGUGAGCAGAUCAAUGCCCUGCAGGAACCACCACCAGAGCUGAGGAGUAGCCACAGCAGCAACAGUAGCAACCAGAGGUCUUCCGAGUCUAACUCUGCAUCUGGACAGCAAACUAGUGCUCAAGCAAUGGAAUCGCUGUUGCCGUGUCCUCUGUGCAUGGAGGUUUGUUCAACACGCUCGCUCUACAUUGCCCACGUUCAGAGCUGCGCAGAUGGCCAGGAAGUGCGCUAGAAUUGAACUCCAUCAAGCACACAUGCCAGGAUGGGAGCCACCAGCGUAACUCCUCCUUGUAGAUAUAUAACCUGCCAGAUUCUUCUUUUGUUGUGCUGUUUUCUGAAAUGGAGAUAGAGCGUGAAGGCUUCUGUCCAGGCUCGACAAAGCACUGUUUUCUAAUGAAGCCACCCUUGACUCUUGGCUGUUGUCGGCCAUGGUGGGAUUCAUUUAUUUGCAGUGCGAAAGUUUGCUCCAAAAUUGCUUGGCUUAAAUAUAGCGGUGCAUCAAGUGCCACUUUUGUUUUCUGAGCCCACUUUUACAUGCGUGUUUUCUUACUUUGAUCAAAUUGAUCCUGCGCAAAUAUGUAUGCGCCGCAUUUAGUUACCUUGGCAUUACAACAUGGUUUGUUGUAUACACGUAUAUCUUCUUAACAUAAAUGUGUAGCAGUGUGCUGCCCCUCGUCUAUGGGGUCAUCUUAAAAUAUUCUCAACUUUCUUCAUCUGGCAAAGUGAUUUUGCAUUAAGUGCAAGUUAAGCCUUUACUAUAUAAUGUAUUUUCUUGGGAGUUCUGGGCUUUAUGUCUUAAUGUUUGCAUACCAAAUGCCCAUACCCUGCUUGCAUUCUUUUGUAAACCUAGCAGCUUGUACAUGCAGAAUUUGGGUACUUAAAAUUUAAAACUCUACUGUCGUUGCCAAUGGCUUUUGUAUCGAAGGUUCUGCAAAGUAAAGGAAGAGCAAUUCCACUUAGGGACAUUGCUUUGCCAGGUCAGUGUAUCGUUUGUUCCCUUUACAUAGCCAAGCACAUGUUGUAUGAGCCUGAAACAAUGGAGUUGUGGCAUAAAUAUUUGCACAUUUUACAAACGCUUUUCUUUGUUGAUCAACAGCUUUGUUAAAAGCCCUGUAGCUCCAGUUUGGCUGGAUCUGUGCAGCCAUGUUCUGUACAGACUGUUGCUUCUCGUAUGUUAUGCAUAUGCACGUAUGCCUGUCUAUUGUUUAAUUACUGUGAUUAGCUAUGGAUAUUCACUGCACAACAUGUGUUAUGUGUAGAAUAGGUGUCCUUAUUUUUGUUCCCUCUAAAAGAGUAUUAAUGGUUUGAACAUCAGUUCAUUGAGCUUGUCAUGCUGUUGUACCUUGUAAGCACGCUUGUAGCAAAGCUAAGUAUAUUUACUUGCGGUUGGAGUUUACCCUCAGCCCAUGGAGAGUUUGCUGGCAAUGAAAACCAUAAUGUUAGGUUAGCUCUUUCAUGAUUGAGAACAGUCAGUAUCUGAGCAUGGGAUACUGCAAUGAGGUUGUAUUUGUAUUGGUGAUGAUGGUAAUAAUUGUGUCACAAAUCUGACUUCUUUCUUUUCAGUAAAGGUGUUGAAGUAGAAGAUCCUGUAUGUGUAAAAGGUUGGGGUGGAAAAGGUAGAAACUAGCAAAUGAUUUAUGUAAUAUUGAGGCCCGCAUGUUUUUUUUUUUUUUUUUUUUUUGCUUGUGUGUUUUGAUGAUCUGAGAUGCUCAAGGAAACUGUAUGGCUGCAGUGACAUUACAAUGCCCCGCAGUUCCAUUGCAGCAUGUAGUAAGGUUCAGUUAUGCACAAAACUGGCUAUAAAGACUCUUGUUUGGAAGUGCAGUCCGGUGCAUUAUUAGACAAAUAAUUAGAUUCUUAUUGCAGUAAUAUAAGUGUACAUAAAUUGUUGAAGAUCGAUGAUGCACAAUGCAGUCAUACGUAAUACUGAACAUGUUUUACUUUCUUAAAGCCAGUUAUUGUAGUUAUGCUUUAGAAACAUACACACCUCUGUAUGCUGUGUCUAGUGCCAUCUCCUCUGUAUCAGCAUAUGUAGGUGCUUGGUAUUAAUUUUUGGCACACAACACUUGACAAUAGAGCAUAGUUUGUGAAUUGUUCUAUGAAACUUUGUGAAGCUGCUUUUUCCUUAGAUAUUGUAACUGUGACAAAGGCGCAGUUGUUUGCCUAAUUUGUAAUGAUGCCUAGAUCCGCAACCAACAUCGCAUUGCGCACUAAUGUGUGCACUUUUUGCAUAUGCUUGACAUUCCUUAUAUUAGGACUGUCAGUCUACAACAUAUAUUAGUUACUGAAUGUCUGUAAUAAUUAGCAGUGAUGUGCAGUGAAAUUUGUGCAAUAACAUUUUCACUGCGACUUCUGUAUAGUCGAACAUACAAACGUUUUGUGUGAAAUACCUCAUAUGCUUAUUCAAUUACAGUAGCCUGUAUAUGUACUUUGAACGUGCAGUUAAAGAAAUGAAAAAGGGUUGCAACGUUUCAGAUGAGAAUAAAGGUUCUUUUAUUGUAUGA